ACAGAGGUGCCUGGGGGUGGGGGGAGCAGGAGGCGAGGCCUCACAGGGGAAGCCAGCAGCUGUGGCUGCCCUGAGUAUAAAUAGCCCAGAGGAGCUGGUCCUCAGGCUUACAGCAGUAGGACUCUCCAGCCACAGUCUGUCUUCACAGGUCCCAGCUACACAGAACAUCUGGGCAAGGGCUGGCUGUGGGUGGGUAGCCACCCUGGUACCUCUGACAAGAUCACCUCACCACCACUUGUUCUGAGAUGCUCUGCCAACCAGCCACGCUGCUAGGUGCCCUCCUCCUGCUGGCCACCAUAGCUGCAGCCCAGCAGCGAGGGCCAGCAGCCAGUGGGCGCCGCCAGAUUCACCGGGUCCAGCACGGCCAGUGCAGCUACACCUUUGUGCUGCCUGAGUCUGAUAUCUGCCAGCUGGCGCCUGAGGCACCUGAUGCUUUUGGGGGCUCCAACAGCCUCCAGAGGGACUUGCCUGCCUCCAGGCUGCCCCUGGCAGACCUUCGAGCCCAGCGGGCCCAGCGUGUGAGGCAGCUGGAGAAGAUACUAGAGAAUAACACUCAGUGGCUAUUGAAGCUGGAGCAGUCCAUCCGGAGGAACUUGAGGUCAAACUUGGCGCAGGCCCAGCAGCACACAGUUCAGAACCAGACAAGCGCAGCUCAGACCCACAAGCUGACUGCUGUGGAGGCACAGGUCCUAAACCAGACAUCACGCAUGAAGCUCCAGAUGCUGGAGAACUCACUGUCCACCAACAAGCUGGAGAGACAGAUGCUGAUGCAGAGUCAUGAGCUGCAGCGGCUGCAGAGUCGCAACAGGGCACUGGAGAGCCGGCUGCAGGCUUUGGAAGCACAGCACCAGGCCCAGAUGGACAGCCUCCAAGACAAGAGGGAACAACUGCAGAGCCUCCUAGGCCGCCAGACCGGGGCCCUGGCUAACCUGAAUCACCAUCUGCAGGCCCUCGGCAGCAAUUCCAGCUCCCUGAAGCAGCAGCAGCAACAGCUGAUGGAGUUAAUACAGCGCCUGGUUCGGAUUGUAGCCCAGGACCGGCGCCCUGUGUCCCUAAAGAUUCCCAAACAGUUGUUCCAGGACUGCGCAGAGAUCAAGGGCUCCGGAGCCAACGCCAGUGGUGUCUACACCAUUCGUGUGGCCAACAUGACAAGGCCUCUCAAGGUGUUCUGUGACAUGGAUACGGAUGGAGGUGGCUGGACUCUCAUCCAGCGCAGGCAGGAUGGAAGCACAAGUUUCCAGAGGACCUGGGAGGAAUACAAAGAGGGUUUUGGUAACGUGGCUGGAGAGCACUGGCUGGGCAACGAGGCUGUGCACCACCUCACCAGCAGGACAGCCCACUUGCUGCGUGUGGAGCUGCAUGACUGGGAAGGGCGCCAGACCUCCAUCCAGUAUGAGCACUUCCAGCUGGGCAAUGAGAAGCAGCGGUACAGCCUCUUGGUGAAUACAAGCAGCAGCUCAACGGGGCUCAAGAACAGCCUGGCUCCGAGGGGAACCAAGUUCAGCACCGGUGACAUGGACAAUGAUAACUGCAUGUGCAAGUGUGCUCAGAUGAUGUCUGGAGGGUGGUGGUUUGACGCCUGUGGCCUCUCCAACCUCAAUGGCAUCUACUAUCCAGUUCAACAACACUUGCACAAGAUCAAUGGCAUCCGCUGGCACUACUUCCGGGGCCCCAGCUACUCACUGCACGGCACACGCAUGAUGUUGCGGCCAAUGGGUGCCUGACACACAGCCCCGCAGAGACUGAUGCCAUAGGAGGAUUCUCAACCCGGAUGGCUUUGUGCGAGCUGAGCCCCACCCAGAAAUCAGUGC